AUGUUUUCGUUUAAGGUUUCGCUUAGUCGGCGUCAGAUUUUUUUUCAUGUCUCUUUGAAGAAGGCGAACAUCCUUUUCGCACGUCACACGUUGACAAUUGAGUCUUUCUCUGAAUUUAGAAACAUAACUAACUCCUUGUCUUCGAAGAAGAAAUGUCUCGCUUUCUCUAUCUAUCUAUCUAUCUAUCUAUCUAUCUGUCUGUCUGUCUGUAUGUAUGUAUCUCUCCUUUUCGCUAUCUAUCUAAACCUCUUAUCUAUCUAUCUAUCAAUCUAUCUAUCUAUCUAUCUACUUAUCUGUCUCAGCCUCUUCUCUAUCUAUCUAAACCUCUUAUCUAUCUAUCUAUCUAUCUAUCUAUCUAUCUAUCUAUCUAUCUAUCUAUCGAUAUCUUUUAUGCUUAAUUCUCUCUCUCUCUCUCUCUCUCUCUCUCUCUCUCUCUCUCUCUCUCUCUCCUUCGCUACCUUCUGUGUGGGAAUUUGUAAUUUCCUUUCUGUUCCGAAUUUUCCGGCUAUAUCCCUUGCCCUCUCUCUCUCUCUCUCUCUCUCUCUCUCUCUCUCUCUCUCUCUCUCUCUCUGCCUACUUUGGCAUUCAGGGCUCCCAUAA